GAAGAUGAAUAUAUAUCAUCAGAAAUCAUGAAACGGCGAUGGGUGCCAAAUGUUUUCAAAAGCACAUCCUGGGAAUGCUUUCAAUUUGUAGGGUAUGAAAUCAAAAUUACAGAGGCCACUGAUUGCUACGGUGCAUUUGUCUGGCCUUCGGCCCUGGUGUUGUGCUAUUACCUGGAACACAGCCAAAAAGAGAAUAGUUUGAUUGAUAAAAAUAUAAUUGAACUAGGAUCAGGAACAGGACUGGUGUCAAUUGUUGCUGGAUUACUUGGUUCAUAUGUGACUGCCACAGACCUGCCUCAUUUACUGGGCAACUUACAGUACAACGUAUCACGAAAUACAAAAAUGAGAAGUAAAUAUCAGCCACAGGUCAAAGAACUUAAAUGGGGAGUAGAUUUGGAAAAGAAUUUCCCCAGAAAUGCCUGUCAUUAUGAUUAUGUAAUGGCUGCUGAUGUUGUGUAUAGCCACCCAUACUUGGAUGAACUUCUAAUGACUUUUGAUCAUUUAUGUCAAGAUGACACCAUCAUUUUGUGGACAAUGAGAUUUAGGCUUGAGAAAGACAACACCUUUGUGGAAAAAUUCCAGUGUAUGUUUGAUACUGAAGUUAUAUAUGAUCUCCCAACUUUACAGAUAAAAUUGUAUAAAGCAAAAAGAAAAAACCAAAAAAAUCAGUGUUGGACAUCACACCAAGUCUUCCAGAAACCAUUAUGGGCCAACAUAAAAGCACCAACUAAAAGCACUUUUGAAUAA